AUGGUUACUGAGCUCGAAGAAAUCCGCGAGAUCGCGCUGGAGAACUUGGUGCAAUUUUCGCCGUCCUCGCAGAAUCCGCAACUGUUCAAGCACAACAACUCCGAGUCUAUCGGCGACCUCAAGGCGUUGACCAAGGAGAAGGCGCCGCAGGUGGUUCUGAACGCGCUCACCAUACUGGCCAACCUGUGUGACGAUCUCGAGUUCCGUAAACUCAUUGUUCAGGACAAGGAGUACCUGCAGUUUCUGUUGCAGCAGCUGGUGGACCUCAAGAACACCAACGCAGACCUCAUGUGCAUUCUGCUGGCCAAUCUGGCCAAGAGCGACGAAAUUGUGCAGAUCUUUGACCUCCAGGUGGACCUUUCGAAAACAGACACACAGAUAUUCAAGAGCAACCAGUCCAUGGACUGUCUGAUGGACCUUUUCGUCAAGGGCGCCGACAGAAAGCUCAACAGAUACGCAACGUACGACUACUUGUCGUACUUCUUCUCGGACAUCUCGCGGCUGCCGCAGGGCAGAGAGUACUUUGUCGCAGAGCAAGCGUACGACCAGGUGGUACCUAUCUCGAAGUUGCUGGUGUUCACGGACAAGUACGACUCCAAGACCAGACGCGAGGGCGUAGUGUACACGAUCAAGAACUCGCUGUUUGACACAAACCGCCACAUGACGCUGCUCCAGGACGAGAAGAUCAACCUGCUCCCGUACGUUAUUGGCCCGUUUGCGUUGGCAGAAAACCGGGGCCUCAAGGACGACGAGAUCUUUGAGUUGCCGGACGAAUUGCAGCUGCUGGACGCCGACAAACAGAUCGAGCCGCUCGCAGACCUGCUCAAGACCCAUCUGGAGAGCGUUCUGUUGCUCUGCGUGACCCGCGAGGGCAGAGAGUACCUGCGUGGGAAGAGCGUGUAUCCACUGAUCAGAGAGCUGCACAAGGUUGCUCAGGACGAAAAAGUGCAAGAGCUGUGCGACAAGGUGGUGCAGAUGCUCAUGAGAGACGAGCCUACAGAGGACAAUGUUGAGGAAAUGGACCAGGACUCGUCGUCGGAUGAUGACCAAAUUACAGAGAUUAUCUAG